CAUCAUCAUCUUCCUCACGCCGUUCGACAGUAGCUGUCGAACAAUUGACUGACGAAGAUGACAGACCAAUCAGACUUCAAGAUCAAAGGCGCCGCUGAGAAGAAGCUCGCCGAGUCAACCAAGCAACCGAGCACGCCUGAAGCGGCUCGUGCUCCUGAAGACGUCCCGCCGACCUCGACAUCUCUCGAGGAAGGUGAAAUCACACCAACGUCUACCAACGGAGAGGCCAAAGCAAGCGUCGACGUCGGACAGAUGACCCACGAGGACCAGCUGGCACGCUACCGAUGGCUCAAAAUUUCCUGUGACCCAGCGGCACAUAACAACCACGACCACUACUAUACGCACAUGGACACGUUCGCUUCGCAGUGGGAAGAACCCAACGAACCGUACUGGCUGUGGAACUCAACAACCCAAGACUAUGAUGCCAGCGGCCUUCAGAACUCAACUAGCACCGCAGCCAGCGCCUCCGCCAAGCAGCCCUCGUCCACUGGAGUCGACCCCAACUACACGGGCUACAACCCCAAGAUCCACGGCAACUACGACCCCAACGCCCCUUACGCUCAGUACCACAACAAGAAGCGCGAAGAAGAGGCCAAAGCACAGCAAAUUGCACAAGGCACAUACGCUCCAUCAAGUACUGCCUACGUCACAAGCGGCAACUUCAACCGAUUCACCGGCAACUUCCAAGACCCGUCGCAGUCCGCAGAGAGACACAACGACUACAACAAGUCCGGCCGCCAAAUGAACGCCUUCUUUGACGUGGACGCCGCAGCCAACAUGCAUGACGGUAGGUCGCUGAAGGAGGAGCGCAGGAAUGAGAAGUUGUCGAAGGAGCAGAUUCGGGAGUUGGCGAAGGCGCGCAAAGAGAAGAAGCUGAAGAAGCGCAUGGACUUCUACCGCUCUUGAGACCGCGUGGCCUCCUGAUUUCACCAUUUGCUUGCUCGAUUAGCGGCAUCAUUGGGCUGGCGUACCGGGCACUCGCAGCGAUGGACACUAGCAUUCACGGGGUGUUACGAUGAUGAUGAUGAAUGAUGAAUGAUUUGCGGCACACACUGCGCAUCGGCUUUACUCAGAGACGGAAUGUGGCAUUAAUAGAUCGGCGGAUGAUAUCACGCCAGAGCUCGGAGCUAGUGUAACUCAUCAAUGGUGGCACACUCCCACGUCUUUACUUCCUC